GACGAGACAAGCACUGACGUUAUAAAUUUUGUUUUUCAAAGGAGUCCGGAUGCGCAGACAGUAGAAUUGGACCGCGAGUUUCUUGAUACCAUCACGGUUCAGGGUCGUGAGUACCAAAAAUACGCAAUCGAUCACCGCAUCUACUUUGGACCGGUAGACGAGGAAGAAGCAGCACGUCUCGAGAUGCAGCAGCGGGUCUUCCACCGAAUCUUCGAUCACCGCCUGAUCUUCCCACCCAUUUCUCAACCUCGGCGGGUGCUGGAUUGCGGCCACGGGUCCGCAUCUUGGGCCGCUGAGGUUGCUGAGCAGUACCCUGAUUGCGAGGUCAUCGGCAUAGAUAUUGCCCCGCACAUGAGCCCGGACAAUGUGCCAGAAAAUUUGUGGCUCCAGGUCGACGACUUGAAUCGGACGUUCACCUUCCCCUCCAAGCACUUCGACCUUGUGCAUUCCAGACUGCUUGCGACCGGCAUCAAUCGAGCUAGAUGGCCGUCCUAUCCAGGAGGCUGGGUUCAGAUGGUCGAGAUCUAUUACAACGUGCAGUCUGACAACGGCUCGCUCACGGACGAGAAUGCCCUGAGAAAAUGGAGCACGCAGUACAUGCGCUCCUUGGAGGACAGGAAGGACCUCCGAAUCGGGUCGAAACUGCGAAACCUAUUGACAGAGGCGGGCCUUGUUGAAGUCGACUUGAAGAUGAUCCCUCUGCCUCUCUGUGGGUGGUCCAAUGACCCCAGAAUGCGGGAAAUUGGUCGAUCCAACUGCGAGAACAUCAGUCAGAUGCUUCGAGAUCUCGCUCUGUAUCCGCUCACCCGACGCUUGCAUAUGACGACAGCGACUUUUGAUUCUCUCGUGGCGCAGGCCCAGGAGGAGGCGAGAAACCAUAGUUUAAAGCCAUAUUUCCCACUGUAUGUUUGCAUCGGUCGCAAGCCAUAG